AUGGAGGCAAGAGUGUCUCAAAGGAUUUCGAUGGAAAAUGAUUUGCUCAAGCAAUUUCCGACAUCUGGCGUUCUUAAAAGUCCACAUUUGCUUCCUGAUAUAGUCGAACCUAUAUUCUCAGACAUCGAAAGCUUACGGUUGAAGGAUCUGCGCCCUCGACAUAACAAUACGGAAUUCUCAUUGACGCAAUACCAUGAUGCUGUCAACUCACAAAACCAAGGCAAGGCUCAUAGGCUUCAUGAUGGUUUGAUUGGAACUUUUCAGACGUGCUCGAUUUUUAGGUCGUUACUUGAACCGGCCACACGGUUGCCCAACAACCCCAAGCCAGAGUCGGUGGCUGUCAAGAGAUUUCACAGCGGCGCAGAUUUCUGCGACUUUGUAGCACUCAAAGAGCGACUUCGCAAAGUUAACCAAUUGCAGCAUCUAAAUCUCGUUGAAACGAUAGCCGCGUUCUGCUUUGACGACAAUUCUGAUUCAGAAAUCUCAUGGAACUUCAUCUCGCCUCUGGCACCAUGCGAUCUUAGGCAACUGUUCCACUACCAAUCGCCCAACGGUCCCACCAUUCCAGCUACCCAAUUCGAAGCAUUGGCAAGUGCUCUUGCUUACUUGCAUGGGACACUAGAAAUUGCACACAGAUCCAUCCGGCCGUCUAAUAUACUAGUUUAUCACGUUUCAGGAUCUUCUGAACUUGUACUAAAGCUUGCCAACUUUUCUUCAUCGGUUGAUUUGAGCCAGGCCAGUGCCAUGACCGCAUCUUGGGAGGUCGACACAGGCCGAAACCAGAAAUUGAACAGAGUCCCGAUAUGGGACACACUCCGGAUAUUGGACACAAUCCGGAUAUCGGAAACAGUAUUCGCAAACGAUGUUUUGACACUUGGGUGCGUUUUUGUGGAGCUUGUCGCAUUCAUGACCGAAGGUCGCCAGGGCGUUGUGGAUUUGCGACGAUUUAUUACAACUACAAACACUGAUAAAAACAUCUCGACCGAUGCAUUUUACAGCGGAUGUUAUGAAGGAGAGUUGCUCGUGAAACAAGAAGUCUUAUCCUGGAUGAAAUUUCACGUUGAGAAAUCAUCCAUUGCAAAAAUGGCGUACUCAACUAUAGAGAGAAUGCUCGACGACGUUCCCGUCGAACGAUGGUCAGCUCUUCAAUCACUAGAUCCACGUUCCAUAAAUCCAAGUCAUGGGUUCACCGAUGGUCAUCGAAUCCUCACAUUCACUGCUUCCUCAGAAUGCAAACAACCCCUCUGGUUUGACAAGCUAAGAAUCAGUCUGGAGCAUCAGCUUGGCUCCCCGAUUGACUGGUCGCCAUUGCCUCAGGUCAUCUAUCCUUGCCAGGAAGGCCAAAUGAGAGUGACCUGGAAAUAUGGAAAAUUGCGGCUUUCCAAGGUCAUCUCUUCUGCUUCAGCAAAAGAGUUGAUGGAUAUGUGUAGAGGACUUUUGACCACGGGGCGUCCUCUCCUACCAACCACCAGCACUCCCCUUGAAGACCAUCCCGUUGCCACUGGCUUCAGACAACCUCACAGUGGCAGCAUUGGACUGGAUGUGGUGUCUGUCGAGACACCGGACAUUGAGUUACUCAACGAGAGAACGAAAGAAAUUUAUCUCUGCGUAGAUAAAAUCCUUGUUGAAGUUCCAGAAACGAAAAUGUGUGCAAUCACCAACGUUCACAUCUUGCCGGACGACGAGGCUCUGUUGGCAAGAAUGAAGGAACAGCUCCGCAGCUGUAACAGCUGGUAUAAGCAUAUAUUUUCAUGGAAAACAUGCACCAAGAUCAAGUUUGUCAAGUUCGCAAUUAUCAAAAACAAACGUGUCAAACCGUUAGGUUUUGGACUACCAAUAGGUAAUGCUGAAUACGAGUAUGCACAUUCAGAUCACGAGGGAGCGUAUCUCGAGGCUUACCGAGAAAUGAUUGCCGAGGAAGUCCUCCGGGGCAUCCACGACACCGGUGCUGGCAGAGACGAGACCCAUCUCACAGCCGAGAUACCCAAGAAACGAAACCCACCUCAGCUACGAGAUGUCCGAGGCACAGAGGCAUACGGAUUACACGCCAUUCAAGGGUUGUCGCUAAAGAGGGUAUGUUGGUGGACCGGCAUCAGCUACAGUCUCGGUAUGGCCUUUGUCGUCUUUUGGCUCUCGUUUGUGGACAAGCUGGAUUUGCAGAAUGCAUUUGUUCCUGUAACCUUUCUUGCUGCGGUGCUAGUCGGAGGGUUGGCGACAACCCAGGUACUCGUAUGA